AAUAUUAGAACCAAGACUGUCUGUAUCUCAAAUCGCAGUAAAGGAAAAAAAAAAUGAAAGGAAAUGUAGGGAAUUGGUUGAGGCUAAAAGUGUUACUGUUGUUGAUACUGUGCUUCACCAAUUCGAGGAUCGUUUUUGCAGAAAAUCACAUUGAUGGAUUCGGAGAGCAGCCACUGGCCAAGAUAGCCAUUGACAAGACCGUUUUGGCUCUCCACAGUUCUGCCUACAUUAGACCACUCCACUUUCUACUUGGCAUUCAGGGUGAUGACACCGAAUGGGUAACUGUAGAGCUAGAGUCCCCACAUCCAUCUGUAGAUGACUGGGUCGGAGUUUUUUCUCCAGCAAACUUCAAUUCAUCAACAUGUCCACAGUCUGGCCGUGCAGAGGAACCAUACAUAUGCACAGCCCCCAUAAAGUACAAGUAUGCCAACCACUCUAAUCCAAACUAUACAAAGACCAGGAAAGCUAUUUUGCAGUUCCAGUUGAUCAAUCAACGUGCAGAUUUCUCCUUUGCACUGUUUUCAGGUGGAUUAUCAAAUCCUAGACUUGUAGCAGUUUCCAAUUCCAUAUCAUUUGCAAAUCCUAAAGCUCCUGUCUAUCCGCGCCUUGCUUUGGGAAAGUCUUGGGAUGAAAUGACAGUUACAUGGACAAGUGGAUAUGACAUAGAUGAAGCUGUCCCUUUCGUUGAAUGGGGUCCCGAGGGAGGAAGUCCCACACGAUCUCCUGCUGGAACAUUGACAUUUACUCGUAACAGCAUGUGUGGUGAACCUGCACGAACUGUUGGCUGGCGUGACCCUGGUUUUAUACACACUAGUUUCCUGAAAGAACUGUGGCCAAAUUUGAGGUACACUUACAGGUUGGGGCAUAUGCUGCUGUCUGAUGGUUCUUAUGUAUGGAGUAAGACUUAUUCGUUUAAGGCAUCCCCAUAUCCUGGACAGAACUCUUUGCAACGUGUUAUCAUAUUUGGUGACAUGGGAAAGGCUGAGCGUGAUGGUUCAAAUGAAUAUGCCAAUUAUCAACCUGGUUCACUCAACACCACCGACCAACUCAUAAAGGAUUUGAACAAUUAUGAUAUUGUUUUCCACAUAGGAGAUCUGCCUUAUGCAAAUGGAUACAUCUCACAGUGGGACCAAUUCACAGCUCAAGUGAAAGAAAUUUCGUCAACUGUACCAUACAUGAUUGCAAGUGGAAAUCACGAACGUGACUGGCCAAACACUGGAUCUUUUUAUGAUACCACAGAUUCAGGUGGAGAAUGUGGAGUUCCGGCAGAAACCAUUCCUGCUGAGAAUAAAGCCAAAUUCUGGUACAAAGCAGAUUAUGGUAUGUUUCGUUUCUGCAUAGCAGAUAGUGAGCAUGACUGGAGAGAAGGAUCAGAACAGUACAAAUUCAUUGAGCAUUGCCUUGCAACUGUAGAUAGAAAGCAACAACCAUGGCUAAUCUUUUCAGCUCAUCGUCCCCUGGGGUACUCCUCUAACGCUUGGUAUGGCAGAGAAGGCUCAUUUGAAGAGCCCAUGGGAAGGGAAAGUUUGCAGAAGCUUUGGCAGAAAUACAAAGUAGACAUUGCAUUUUAUGGUCACGUCCAUAACUACGAAAGAAUAUGCCCCAUUUAUCAGAAUAUUUGUGUGAAUUCAGAAAAGCAUCAUUACUCAGGCACGGUGAAUGGAACAAUUCAUGUUGUUGUUGGUGGAGCGGGAAGUCACUUGUCAAACUUCAGCUCGGUACCACCUUAUUGGAGUCUUUUCAGGGACCUUGACUUUGGAUUCGGCAAACUCACAGCAUUCAAUCAUUCAUAUCUCUUGUUUGAGUACAAGAGAAGUAGUGAUGGAAAAGUUUAUGACUUCUUUACCAUCUCAAGAGACUACAGAGAUGUUUUGGCCUGUGUGCACGAUGGCUGCGAGAAAACCACUUUAGCAGCUUAAAUUAUGUACGAGUAGACCCAUUAUGGUCUUGAAAUGAAAUAAAAUAGCGUCUAAAUAAAUAA